GACAGAAACAGAGUUCAGGUGGAUACGAGGAUGAUUUACACACUGUUGCGCCUUCCAGGAUACUCGGGAUAAAACAAUGUCAACAACAACUUCAGUUUUAGCUUUUUGGUAGAGAUAAAAAGCUUCGGAGGGGUUUUAUUUCUCCUCACUGAGCGCAGAAGAAAUUGUCAACUGAAAAGCGGCGAAGAAGUUGGACGUCAUUUAUUGUGGGUGAUUAAUUGACCUCGGAUCAUGGCCUACACUUUAGGCUCAACCACUGAGGGCCAGACGCGCAGUGUCGGACCUCAGCACUGCAUCACUCGGGUGGAGCUGUCCGUCACCGCAACCAGCCUGCUGGACCGAGAUGUAGCCUCAAAGUCGGACCCCUUCUGUGUUCUCUUUCAUGAAGUAGACGGAAACUGGGUGGAGCUCGGACGCACCGAAACAGCUGUGAACAACUUGAACCCGGUGUUUGGAGUGAAGUUUCAAGUGGACUACCACUUUGAGGAGAUCCAGAAGCUUCGCUUCGCCAUGUUCGAUGAAGACAAGUGCGCCACACAGCUCUACGAACAUGAUUUCCUGGGAGAAUUCAUUUGCACUCUUGGAGUGAUUGUGUCCAAUAAGAAACUUCACAGACCGUUGAUCUUAGCCAAUGGGAAGCCAGCUGGCAAAGGAUCCAUUACGAUAACAGCUCAGGAGCUGUCUGACAACAGAAUCAUCACUUUGACCCUGAGUGGGCGUAAACUGGAUAAGAAGGACUUCUUUGGGAAGUCAGACCCCUACCUGGAGUUCCACAAACAGGGAGAGGAUGGAAAAUGGAUGCUGGUGCACAGGACAGAGGUCAUAAAGAACACUUUAGAUCCAGCGUGGAAACCCUUUACUGUGCCGCUCAUUUCUCUCUGCAAUGGAGACGUGGACAGAAACGUCAAGGUCCUGUGUUAUGACUACGAUAAUGAUGGAGGCCACGACUUCAUAGGAGAAUUUCAAACCACAGUUUCCAAGAUGAGUGAAGCCCAGAACUCAGUGGAGGUGGAGUUUGACUGCAUCAACCCCAAGAAACAGAAAAAGAAGAAGAAUUAUAAAAACUCUGGCACUAUCAUUGUCAAGUCAUGCAAGAUUACACAUGACUACACUUUUCUGGAUUACAUACUUGGAGGAUGCCAGCUCAUGUUUACGGUCGGUAUAGACUUCACAGCAUCUAAUGGGAACCCCCGAGAGCCGUCCUCCCUCCACUACAUUAACCCACUGGGCAGCAAUGAGUAUCUCGCCGCCAUUUUAGCUGUGGGACAAAUCAUACAGGACUAUGAUACUGACAAAAUGUUUCCUGCUCUGGGAUUUGGAGCCCAGCUCCCACCAGACUGGAAGGUGUCACACGAAUUUGCCAUCAACUUUAACCCCACCAAUCCCUUCUGUUCAGGAGUGGAGGGUAUCGCCCAGGCGUACUCUGCCUGUCUCCCUCACAUUCGUUUCUACGGCCCAACAAACUUCGCUCCAAUCAUCAGCCAUGUAGCACGUUUUGCUGCCCAGGCACUUCAACAAGAGAAAGCAGCGCAAUACUUCACUCUCCUCAUUAUAACAGACGGUGUCAUCAGCGAUAUGGACGAGACGCGUCACGCCAUCGUACAGGCCUCGAAGCUACCCAUGUCCAUCAUCAUCAUCGGCGUGGGCAAUGCAGACUUCGCUGCCAUGGAGUUCUUAGAUGGAGACGCCAGCGUUUUAAGGUCCAACACAGGGGAGGAGGCUGUUCGGGACAUCGUGCAGUUCGUCCCUUUCAGGGAUUUCCGAAAUGCACCCAAAGAGACCCUCGCCAAGUCGGUCCUGGCCGAGCUGCCUCAGCAGGUCACCCAGUACUUUAAACAGCGGAAUCUACCGCCCAGCAACACGGCGCCGGAGUGACACGCCCCCAAAGACGAGAGCCCACUCGCUGUACAAUAGCUCAACAAAACCUCUCUCUCCUUGGCAAACAAUACAAAAGUGUGUAUGUCAGCUGUGAACAAAAUUAAAUUGUGGACAAAAAAAAAAAA